ACUAGGAGGAGGAAGAAGAAGAGGCGUUGCGCUUAGAUACCAGAGAAGAGAGGAAGAGAGCAAGAAGAAGAUGGGAUCGAGCGCGGCGUGGAUUUGCGCGCUGCUCGUGGCGGCGGCGCUGAUCGGGGAGGGGAAUGGGCAGCCCGCGGCGGCGGUGGAUUGCACGUCCCAGCUCGCGCCGGUGGCGCCGUGCCUGGAUUACGUCCAGGGCAAUGGCAAGACGCCAUCCUCGGAUUGCUGCAAGGGAUUGUCGUCGCUGGUGACCACCAGCCCCGUCUGCCUGUGCCAGCUCUCCGAGGGCAAGCUCAAUCUCUCGGCGCUGGGCGUCACCGUGGAUAUGAAGCGAGCGCUCAGCCUCCCCACGGUUUGCAAGAUCAAGGGCGCCGAUCGGAGCCGGUGCGCGGCGAUUCUAGGAACUCCAGCUGCAGCUCCUCAGGCCGCGGGGCCUGGGCCGGCUAUGGUGUCCGGGAGCGAGACGGGGUCUCCGGGAGCUGGAUCUGGUGCAGCCGCGACGCCCACAGGAGCAGCAACAAUGGCGACUUCUUCCGGGACAUUGAUCCUCGCAGCAGCAGCUCUGUUGGCGUGGAAAUGCACCUCAUAGAGCGAUGCAGCGACUGAUCCGCGAGCGAGCGAGCGAGUAGAGACAGCUAUGGAUUCGUCGUGAUGGUUUUUGGGUCUUUGUUUUUCCUUCCUUCUAGCCAUAGCCAUAGCAGCAGCAGCUGAUUGAUUGAUUGAUUGAUCGCACCAUUCCACUCUACGUGUUUUGUUCAUCCGCCUGUCGCUGUUCUAUAUCAGAUAAUCGCGCUCCGUUGUCCGUGCUGAUUUUUAAAUACCACCGACCCAAGCACGCAAGCAGCCCGUGA